GUUUGUGUUUUUAACAGUAUGGCUGGGAUCACUCAGUUCACAAAAGGAAAAGACUCCCCCCUGUGAAAAGGUCUCUGGUGUACUACCUGAAAGGUAGAGAAGUCAGGAUGCAGAAUGAAUCCAGCUACCACCGUCUGUUGCAUGGAUAUGCAGCCCAGCAGCUCCCCAGUCUCCUGAAAGAGAGAGAAUUUCAUCUAGGGACCCUUAAUAAAGUUUUUGCAUCUCAGUGGCUGAACCAUCGGCAAGUGGUGUGUGGGACAAAAUGCAACACAUUGUUUGUGGUAGAUGUCCAGACUGGCCAAAUUACCAAGAUUCCUAUUCUGAAAGAUCGUGAACCCGGUAUGGUAAACCAGCAAGGCUGCGGUAUUCACGCGAUUGAGCUGAACCCAUCAAGGACACUUUUGGCUACAGGAGGAGACAACCCAAAUAGCCUUGCGAUUUAUCGUCUGCCUACGCUUGAUCCUGUCUGUGUGGGAGAUGAUGGACACAAGGACUGGAUAUUUUCUAUUGCAUGGAUCAGUGAUACUAUGGCUGUUUCUGGUUCCCGGGAUGGCUCGAUGGGUCUCUGGGAGGUGACAGAGGAUGUCCUGUCAAAAACCGAUGCCAGGCAUAACCUCUCCCGAGUCCCCGUCUAUGCUCACAUAACACACAGGGCUCUGAAAGAUAUCCCCAAGGAGAACACCAAUCCUGACAACUGCAAGGUCCGAGCAUUGGCAUUCAACAAUAAGAACAAGGAGCUAGGUGCUGUAUCUCUGGAUGGAUACUUUCAUCUUUGGAAAGCAGAGCACACACUAUCAAAGUUACUUUCCACAAAGUUGCCAUACUGCAGGGAGAAUGUGUGUCUGGCCUAUGGUCAGGAGUGGUCGGUGUAUGCAGUGGGAUCUCAGGCGCAUGUCUCCUUUCUGGACCCAAGGCAGCCUUCCAACAACGUUAAAUCCGUCUGUUCCAGAGAACGAGGCAGUGGUAUCCGGUCCGUGAGCUUCUAUGAGCACAUCAUAACUGUGGGAACGGGGCAGGGGUCCUUGCUGUUUUAUGACAUCAGAGCCCAGAGGUUCCUGGAUGAAAAGCCCACUCAUGCCUGCUGUGGACAGAAACAGAAGCUAGGAGGAAGCGAAAUCCUGAAGUUGACUACGGGGAAAGGUUGGCUGAAUCAUGAUGAAACCUGGAGGAAUUAUUUCUCUGACAUUAAUAACUUCCCAAAUGCUGUUUACACCCACUGCUACGACUCGUCUGGAACGAAACUCUUUGUGGCAGGAGGCCCCCUUCCAUCAGGACUCCAUGGGAAUUAUGCUGGGCUCUGGAGCUAAUGAGAACUCUUCCCCUCAAUGGUGAUCUCCCCCGGUGUCCCCUUCCCUGUUCUUUACCAACAAAAUUGUGUGAUGCCAUUGAUUUCUGAUUUAAACGCAAGUUAUUUUUGACAGAGUUUUCUGUUGGUUUCCAACAGUUUUGUACAUCUUUUUUGAACCAGCUUUUGCUUUAAUCUCCUUGAUCCUUUAUACGAAGGGUUUUUGAAACCCCUUUUUAUUGUAUUUACUCCAAGUGACUCUCUUUUUUUUUUUUCUCCCCCCCCCCCCCCCCUUUCUCCCCUGCCUCCCCUCAAUUUAGGCUAACUUGGCCAUAUGCCCCCUACUUUGCUGUGAGGUAGGACUCCUUUCUUAUUGAGCGGUUGCCGCUGGGCUUUCUGUGAAAGUCCAGGGGCUGUGUGUGUGCAGGUACUUCGUGUCACUUACAUUACCUGGAGUGAGGACUACUUGUAAUUAAAAAGAAAAAAAUAUUAAAAAAUAUUUAUAAGAAAUAAGCUACUACUUUAUCUGCAGAGCCUGGGUCAGGCCUAGCUUGAUCUUAUUUUUUAAAAGUACAAGUCUAAUGACACUGUAUACAUAAAGGAAUACAAUACACACAGAUGUAUAUUCAGCAGCACCCAGGGACAGCAUCUCCCGCAAUGUCGCUUGUCCAGCCUUGAGGGUAGCAGUGGCGCCAGACCUGGCUUCUCCGUGGUGCAUGGGGAGAAUGAAAGCAACCUCUUGUGCUCCCCUUUCUCUCUACCCCUGCCCCAGGUAUCUGCUUGUGAAGGUACUGGGGCUUCAGGGCAAGCCCUCCAGUAUGGCUCUUGCAUGACAGCAGAGACGGAGCGAGGCUAAUAGAAAUGGUAACCCGACAGGCAGGUUCCUUGUGACCAACUGAACCCGGUCCGCCCAGCGUGUGAAGUAGUUGAGAGUCCUGGGUACGUGCACCCCUGUCUGGGAUUGAAUGGCAGGGAGGAGCCAGAUUUGGGUACCAGAAGUCUGUCUACAAACAGGUCUCUCAGGCUAGGGGCAGUGUUUUCCGCGCACCUAUGCAUGUACACGGUGGUCGUUCCCCAGCUGUCUCAGCCAGCUGUGAGUUCUCUCAACAGCAGUGCUCUUUGCUAGCCAGUUAAGCUGCUCAGACUGCUGGGCAAAGGGAAACUAUUUUUAAUUUUUUUUUGUUGUGUUUUGUUUUGUUUUCCUUCCUUAUCCCUGGAGAGACUGGGGUAGGCAGGUAGCAGCUACUCUCUGCAAAUGUGUAUAGAGUGUCAAAGGACUACUGGCUCCACUUCAUUUCUUUUUAAUACAAACUAGAGGCUUUCCAUGCAACCAGAUGACUUUUCUUUUCUGCUUAUCAUGCUAAGAAUAGUCUAUAACGUCAGCUUGGUUUUACAGGAUACUUUUAUAAGAGUCCUGGUCCUCUGAACACUGGUCUUCAGUCCACACUCCAAACUCCAUUGGACAUCACCAGAAACUGUGGGUGUAGAAAGACUGUCCACAGGCCCUUGGUGAACAAUACAAAGCCCAGUUGUGAAGGACGUGCAUUUUUGGCCAAUGUACAGAACAAAGUGGCUUCUCUUCCUGGCUCUGCUGCAGACACCCUGUGACCUUAGGCAAGUCACUCGCCUCUCGGUGCCUCAGCCUCCCCAUCUGCAGUAUGGGAUUAGUGUCAGGCAGGGAGAUGGAGGUUUAAUUUCUAGUUUGCAGAGUACUUGAGCUUAUUGGAUGCAAGGUGUGUUAGAAGUACAGUUCCCCUCCACUUGUGAUUUGCAAGGUAAGAGUGAGGAAAGAAUAGCCCUGUAUGUCCACCCAGACCUAAAGCACAGACUCCUUAAAUUCAGGCCCAAGUCUGCUAACCAAGACUUGGUAUUACAGCAUGUCAAACUUCUCCUGCUUCCCAUGUGGGCUAAUCGGGGGGGAAAAAUGAAUCGAACAACACCUAGGACAAUCAAGGGACCAAACAGUAGCCAUUAAAUGAUAGGGCUGCAAAGUAGUUCUCUUGGCUUCGGUUGUGUUAUGUUCUGUGUUGAGAACAUGUUGCUUUGGGAUUUCUUUCAUAAAUGGCUGGAAGGAGGGGGUCACAGUAUUUGACCUCGUGCCUAGGAACAUAAAUAAAUAAAUAAAUAAAUAAAUGACUAAAUGUUCUCUGUGAAAAAUGGUGAGGAUGUGUGUGUCUGAAGGGAUAAUAUGAAGCCCUCUGACUCCUACGUGUGGGGUGUGCCUUUUGUCGGGUGGUUGUAUCCCAAAGCUGGUUUUGUUUAGGUCGUGAUUUUUCAGAGAUGCUGAACGCUCUGCACCGGUGGUAGCCGCUGGGCAUCCUGCCCGGCUGUUUCCAAGCUGUGUCCGUUGUACCCCCUCUUCCCACCUCCCCAACAUUUAAAAUCUUGCUGGUGCUAAAGAACAAUUUUUGCUCUGGAAAUUUUACCCUCUGUUUGAUCAUGGUUUGGCACUUCCCUUCAAAGGAUUUUGAGCACUACCUGUGCUGUGGGUGUGACUAGAUUUUUUUUUUUAGUGGCAUUGCCUCUGCCUCGAUAGAUAGAUAGAUAGAUACACAUACACACACACAAUUUUUUACUGAAAAGUAAUCAUUUUAGGUAGUGUAUCUACUCCAGAGCCUUUUACUCUUCUUAGCUUUACAGUAAUUCCUUCUUGAGGGUGGGGAGUUUUUCUGUGUUUUGUAGUAUACCCCCAAAACAGGGGAAACACUAGAAAAAUAUUAUUCCUGCUCUCCUGUUCCCCACUUCUCCCCCCCACACUUCCUUUUCGUGUUGGCAGCACCUUGCUUCUGUCUGUUGUAAUCGGGGGUGUUUAGCAAUAGCACAUGGGAGAGUCCCAGACCAAUGCAUUUUACUUGGUGACCUGUUGAGAGAGGAUGCCUUUGUAUCUGCUGCUAGAUAUCCAGAUACUUUUGCCAGAGGCUGAGGCACUAAGAGCUGAGUUGCCAAAUGUUACAUGGGAAGUCAUAAUAGGAACAGAAGCAGAACCCAGGUUUUGAUGGCCAGUCCCUUGUCCAGCCCAGUGACCGGGCUGCUGUCACCCCACUGGCUUAGAUUUAAAAUGAUAACGAAGGUGCACAGGGAAGUGGCUCUUAGGAGUAAGGGGAUCCAAGUACAAGUCAGUGGCUCCUUGGUAGGGCCAUCUGCAAGCUCACAGCCUCCCCAUGGCUCACUUUGAAGAGGGCGUGAAAGCACGUCUCCCAUCACUCAAACGAUAGAGGUAAGUCCCUGUGGUGGGGAGGAACUGAUUACAGACUCAUUCACAAGCUUUAAAACAACUCUGUGCAGUGACUCGGUGAUUCUCUCACUUGCAAGGAGCUUUGUAGACCGUUCAACUUCCAGAUGCUCCAAGUUAAAUUCACUUUCUUUUCCUUUCUAAAAUAGAUUAAUUGGGAUUGGAUCUCCAAUGCUUUCUUACGGCUGCCUUGCAUUUGCAGGGGUGGCUUCUCAGGGAAGUGGGUCCAGUGGGAGUCGUCCAUGAUACAGGUGCUAGAUGACACUCAUCCAUGCUAUCUUCAGUUUGCUCUAUUUGUGAAGUGCGUUGUUGCUUUGAGGGUUUGCUUAGAAGCUGCGUAAUGCUAAUUACGUACUUGUCUGUGGCAGUUGACAGAAAGUAACCAGCUACUUCUGAAAGGAUCUGCUGUAUCUAAUCUUUUUUUUUUUUUCCCCAAAAUAAGAUUCUUGGUUCCUAAAAAUCAUUAGGCCACUUUCUCUUUUGCUACUUGACAUUACAAUAACACGGUGCCGUGUUGGCAUUGCAGAAUGUGUUAAGCAGCCAGUUUUUACCUCCCAUGCUUUUGAUAAGUUUUUCUUAUCCAAAUUUUUGUGGCUUUGGAGAGCCAUGUCCAUUUGCUUAUAGCACAGGUAAACGGGCCCAGUAAUAAUACCCAACCACUGAGUAUUUGCAAAUACUGGCAGUACUUAAGCAUUGUGAUAAAGGUUAAAGCCCUUUCUAUUUCUUGUUUCCACAUUACUUGUUCCUUCUGAGCAUGGUGAUGAGUGGGAGAUGGUAUUUCCUCCUACUGUUUUUAUUUUGUUUCUUACUGACUUCUUCAGCUCUGGUCCUGGCAGUUUAGCAAGUCUGACGUAGUUGUGGCCAGAGGCCCUCCAGUGUUCCUGCUGGGGAGAGCCCUUCCCCACUCCAGCCCACACAACUCGGGAGCCAGGGACCAAGCUCGGGUUUCGUUUGGAUUCAUUUGGCCUAAUGAGCUGAUCCAGGAUGACAAACUACCAAAGAGUGGAUACGCAUUGGCAGCUGGAUGAUCUAAGGUGCUGGGAAUAGGGCUGUUUCAGCACCACGGCUGUCUUAUUUAUCUGGCUGUGGGCUGUGCCUAAAAAGGAUCUGUAGAAACUGGGAGUUUUUUUUAUAAUGUGCGCAGUGACAUAAUGAGGGAGGGCCUCCUGGCUGAGAUCAGGGUACUGACAUCAGAGUCCUGAUAGAACGCCAGCUUUCGUACCCUCAUGGGCGAGUUGCUUGCAUCUAAACCACAUCCUGUCCUAAAUGUCAGCCCUGAAGUGCUGCUCCUAUGACGGGUUUGUAGCUAGAGUCCAGGAGGAGACAUGUAAUUUCCUGCUGUCGUAUUUUCCAGCGAUGUCAAAGGGAUUUGGAGUUACAGCUACAUUGCUAUCCCUGCCGCUAGUGUCAACACGUCCAUACCAGCUGUAAACUACCAGAGCUUGCCCAGAUGCUGCCAUCAGGACAGCCACAGCAGGAUGGUGCUCAGUGCAGGCUGGAAAACCUGCCUGAGAAACGGAGUAAAUCCUCAGGCAGUUAGCUCAGAGCCUACGCUGAGCUCCACGCCCCCAUAGCUGUCCUCAAACCAGCUAGCUUAAAGUUGGCAUGGGCAUGUCGACUUGAACCGUAGUGACAGUGUAGGCAGACCUGGAGAGAGACUUCGACCCACACUGCACUUCCAGUUGAAUGUGUUGCACCUUCUGUUGAACACGAGCACCAGAACUAUGAGCUGAGAGGCCAAAAACAACUCUUUGUUUUUGGGCUGACAACGUGGAUUUGAUGGCAUGUUGGGGGCUAUGAGUUUUAUUGAUGCCCACUGCAAAGCUCCCUUGGUGUGUGCGUGCCUUCAUGCUGUGCUGUAGGGGAGAGCUUGUCCCCUGGCUCUGACGGGUGUCUAUCAAGGGCAGCCCCGAAAGAGCAGCGAGCAGGAGGGUGCAGAAGAGGAGGGAAGACCCAAGGAGGGUUGGGGCUGCUUUCGGGCAGCCUAGAAGGGGAAGAAGCUGAUGGUUCAUUGUCAGGGCUUUUUACUUACCUGAGGGCUUCACCAGACACCAAAAACAAAAUGAAGUUGACCACAUCCCUUUAUGUGGGAUCUGUUCCUGCUGUGCCCCCAUGUGCUGAAAUUUUAAGUCUUGAAAAUGGGAUUAAGUUGGAUAAUAUGCUGGGUUACUUCAUCAAAUUGCCCUCAUUCUAAUCCAGUGCAUGGGUCCUUUCAUUUAAAAAAGAAAAGAAACAAGUCAGUGCUCUUAAUUGCUGCCUGAAAGACAUUUUUGGCUUGUUUUUCCCUUUAAAAUGUCAAGGUCUCAGUAGCCACUUUCUAAAAAGCCCUUUCCAGUUAUGUGCUGGGGCCUGUAGGUCUGCAAGCCACAUGCUUGCGCCUGGAACGAAGUAUUGUGGCUGGCUGAGCUGCAGAGCUGUGGGUUGUCAAUAUGCAAUAGUGACUGUAUACAAAUUGCCACAGUUGUGGAUGGAAAAUAAAAUAUAGGGCUAUAUUUAAAAAAAAAAAAAAAAAAAAAGAGACACAACCCCCCCAAACAAAUAAA